CAGUAAAAACGCAGAAGAAGAGAAUCAAACCACAUUACGCAAGGUCGGUGGAACAGCUGAGCGUGACCCAGUCAGUGUCGUAGUUUACGUUAAAUAAAACAACUUUUCUACGUAAAGAUUCACGCUCACGUGGUCGCAGUAGAGUCCUGGAAUCAUGAAUUACGCUCGGUUUCUGACGGCUGUUAGUGCGGCUAGAAAACCCUCUGCCAUCCGGAUGCUGACUGAGCUGCAGCAGCGGUCACCUCCGACCCUGAUCUCAUUGGCCGGAGGAGCGCCGAACCCCAACACCUUCCCCUUCGAGUCGGCGUCCAUCACGGUGAAGAAUGGACAAACGGUCACCUUCGAUGCCACAACGAUGAAGAGGGCUCUGCAGUACUCCGCUUCGAAUGGGAUCCCAGAGCUGCUGACGUGGAUGAAGAACCUGCAGAAAAACCUCCACAAUCCACCGUCCGCCAACUACACCGUGGAGAACGGCCAGAUGGACAUGUGUGUGACCACAGGCAGCCAGGAGGGGCUCUGUAAGGUGUUUGAGAUGCUGGUCAACCCUGGAGACAACGUUCUGCUGGAUGCGCCCACGUAUUCAGGGACACUGGCAGCGCUUCAGCCACUCGGUUGCAACUUAAUCAACGUUCCCAGUGAUCAGCACGGCAUCGUACCUGCGGCCCUGAAGGAGGUCUUGUCUCGGUGGGACCCGUCAGAGGUCCACCAGCCCGGCAGCACCGCUCCCAGAGUCCUCUACACUAUCCCCAACGGAGGAAACCCCACCGGUGCCUCCAUGACGGCUCAGAGGAAGAAAGACGUGUACGAGCUGGCCAGGCAGUACGACAUGCUCAUCAUCGAGGACGACCCGUACUAUUUCCUGCAGUUUGACAAGCCGUGGACUCCCACGUUUCUCUCUAUGGACGUUGAUGGGAGAAUCAUCAGGACAGACUCUUUCUCUAAGAUCCUGUCUUCAGGGCUGAGGAUUGGUUUUGUGACGGGUCCCAAACCGCUGGUGGACCGGGUUGUGCUGCACAUCCAGGCCUCAACGAUGCACACUAGUACCUUCACACAGCUCAUGGUGUCUCAGCUGUUGCACAGUUGGGGUCAAGAUGGUUUCCUGCAGCACAUAGACAGGGUGAUUGAGUUUUACAGCAAACAACGUGACGCCAUGAUCACCUCUGCAGACAAGUGGCUCAAAGACGUUGCAGAGUGGCACACUCCAUCAGCAGGCAUGUUCCUGUGGAUCAAACUCAAGGGCGUUGCUGACACCCAAAGGCUCAUUAUGGAGAAGGCGCUGGAGAAAGAGGUUCUGCUGGUUCCUGGAGGCGUCUUCAUGAUCAACAGUAAUGAUCCCUGUCCCUAUGUCAGAGCGGCUUUUUCUCUGUCUACUCCGGAACAGAUCGAUGAGGGUUUCAGACGACUCUCUCUACUCAUCAAAGAAGCUCUGUGAUGACUGUUCCUCGUGGAUUGAGAUCCUCGGAGCCACAGAGCCAAAGACCAAAUUGCCUUCUACUGUCAAGAGAUAGCCAGUGUGCAGGAUGGAGACCCAGGAGGAAUGACAAGUCUCUUCCCCAUCGCUAACACUCUGAGAAAAUGCACUGGAGCGGC